AUGCGAACGUUUCAAUCGGGACAUACGGGUCAUCUUCAUGGCAUGGUUCGAGCACUGAAGGCUUUUAAGUACUUUGUUUGGGUACUUGAAAGACUUCAGUGCUAUGUAGUACACUCGACUAGCUUCCGUCAAUAAUUUAAUAGGAAAACAGUUGUGAAAAUUAAAUUUCCAUGUAGCAUAUAUAGAGUUUGAUUCGCAAUACAGUUUAUAUCGCAAUUAGAAUUCGAUUUUAUUAAAUGUCAUAUGGAUAUAUUUCAAUUUUUUAAUGCUGAAAAUAGUAUUUCACAAAAUAUUAACCUCUGAAAAUGACCGAAUUACUAUUGGACUCCAAUAUAAGAAUCUUCGUGAAUUUUAGUAUGGCCUUAACAAUAUUUCUUAUCAGAAUUCUUAGAGUUUACAUGAUCAAACUCUUCUUUCAAGAAGAAUUCAUAGACCUUAGGAAUAUUCAGUGUAUCCAGGCACUCCAGCGAGCGGAAGCCCUUCUCAACAACGGCCAUGUUCUGAUUCGAAGAUCAUUCAUCUCAAGGAAACUCUUCUUCUGCCACGAAAGUAGAGGGUUCUUUACCAUCUAUGAAGCAAAGAACACUAAGAAUGAAGAAGAGUCUAUGAGCAGUUUCUUCAAAGACCUCGGCGCUCUGGCUGAAUAUUGCAGGAACAAUCUCGUAAGCGUUGUACCUCCGAUAUUAGCGGGGACUUGGGUGCACUUCACGUUCGGUGACCUCAUUUGUACCAAGAUACCUUUCUUCAUAACUCAGCAGUUCAAGGCGAUACUUCAGGCCGGCGUCGAUGUUAGGGAUUUGGACGCAUAUUGGGUUUCUUCUUCGUCUUGGUAUUUCAUAAAUCAUUUCAGUUCCUCAAGCAUAAGCAGGAUCUUUCUUGGGUGUGACGAAAACGAUCACAUUGAGCCUUCUUCGCCUAGAGCAGUAGCGGCGCUUUUUAAGGAAACUAAGGAAAAGGUCCUAAGUAUGCGGGAAAACUUGGAAAUAUAUAAGCACAAAUGGUCUUUGUUGAAUGGUUUUGAGGACUGAUUUGGUCUUGUGAUAAGAUGUACCUAAAUAUUGGAUGUGAACAAUCCAAUAUUUAUUUUAUUUAUUAUCUUGUUUAUUGAAUGAAGUACCUAUAUCAAGUUCACAUGUUCUGAACAAUGUCAGGUUGUAUUAUUAAUUUAAAUAAAACAGAUUAAAAUUAA